GCCCCCCUGGCCGCACCCCGGCCGCCCCCACACUGCGCAACAGUUGAGCCAGAGGCGCAGUGCACGCAUGCGCGCUGCGGCGCCUUUCUCCCGCAGCUUUUAUUUUUUUUUUUCCCCCUAAACACGCAUUGUCCAGGGCGCAGGCGCGCACAGGCAGGGAAGAUGGAGCCUGCGAAGGAGGAGGACCUGCCCGAGCCCGCGGCCGGGGCGCAGGCGGCCGGCGGGAGCGCAGGGAAGAACAAGCCCUCAAAGAAGAAUGAAGACUUGGUGACCAUGGUGAAGAAGCUGCAGGAAGAGGGAAGCCUGGAGCCCCAGAUCAAAGAACUGAUUAACCGGAUUAAUGAGCUUCAGCAAGCAAAGAAGAAAUCUACUGAUGAACUGGGAGAAGCGCGAGCCCUCUGGGAGGCCCUGCACAAGGAACUGGACUCCUUGAGUGGAGAGAAGGCGCACCUAGAGGAGGUCUUGAGCAAAAAGCAAGAGGCACUGAGGAUCCUCCAGCUGCACGGCCAAAAGAAGAAAAAUGAGGCUCAGAGGGAGAACACAAUGCAGGAGGAAACAUCUGCCCAUAACCCUGAGGUCCCAGGCAGUCACAGACAGAGGAAGCUGGGGUUGAACGUGGAAGAAGAACUGGAGCAUUUGAUAGGCCAGCACAAGGACCUGUGGGAAUUCCACAUCCUGAAGCACCGACUGGCCUGGGAGAUCCACACUCUGCAGGGCAGCCGGGAGCAACUGCUCACCGAAGAGAACGAGGCGCGGGCCAAGCUGCGGGAGGUGGAGCGGCGCCUGCGAGCCUUCCGCGAGGCCCCGGCUGCGCCGCGCGAGGUCCCGGCAGCGCCCCGCGAGGGCCCGAGCGUGCCGUCCUGGAAGGAUGGGAUGAAGGCGGAGCUGGAUAAAUUCGAGGGGCAGGUCCUGGGCGCCGCCGGGGGCAGGGUUGGCGAGCGCCAGCUCCCGCAGGCCAAUCCCGAUCUCCCCGGCGCCGGAGCGAAGGAGCAGGAGGAGCCGCCGGCGAAGCUGCCCCCAACUCUCCCCGAGGCCUAGAGGCCCCCAGUCCCG